GAAUAAUUCUGCUCGGACCGCUUCAGCGUGACAAACAAAAAUAAACAUUUGUUAAAUAUAGGUUUAAAAAACCAGUAGACCUUGCAAAACCCAAGUUAUAUUAAAAUUCAAACUAAAUAUUUAGAGUUACAGUUGCGGCGUCCAUACGCUAUGCAUUCAGAGUGAAGUCGCUAUUUAUUUUCACGCAGACAGCGGUUUGUUUUGGUUUCAUUUCUUCUGAAUAUCACUGUGUUUAAAGAUGGCUGGACUGGAGCUGCUUUUCAACUGCGUAGCCAGCUCAAUAACCUCUUCCCAAGAUGCUCUGAUUUGUUUUGUACACUGGGAAGUAGUGAAAAGUGGCUAUAAAUGUCUGGGCAUUGGAGAUGAGCCUAAAGAUGGAGAAAAGAAGUCAGAACUGCUUCCAGCUGGCUGGAGUGAAAGCAAGGAGCUGUACGCACUCAGAUACAGAUCAAAUGAUGACAAGUCAAACCUGCUUCUCAAAGCCUUCACAGUGGAUUCAACCCUGAUCUUCAAUCUAAUGGACUCCACGACAGAAAAAGUAACCGAUCUCACAGUUAACGUAAGUGAGUAUGUUGAUGAAGCCAAUCUGCAGACUUUUGAAAGCGUGUUUAAGAACACAGACAAGCUGAUCACGAAGCUAAAGUCCUCACUGCUACCCUCUAAAAAAGAAGAGGGUCAAGGAAAGACAGAGAAGAAGACAAAAAGCGAAAGAGUCUCAAACUUAAGGGACCCUCACAGUGAUCCUCUCCUGAUCCCGACCAGAGGCCCUCCAAGCAGACACCCACACAACUGGCCUGAUCCGAUGAAUCCAUUUGCCGCAGGCGGUGCCGAUCUGGACCCUUUCGGGGGAAGAGGAGCAGGAGGGAUGAUUGUGGAUCCAUUACGUGCCGGGUUUCCUCGCUCAGGGUUUGACCCCUCCUCUGGUAUUCCUGGAGUCCUUCCUCCCGGCGCUGUGCCCCCUGGUGCACGCUUUGACCCCUUCGGGCCGGUUGGGCGACACAGACCUGGGCCAGACCCUGAUCACAUGCCUCCACCAGGAUAUGAUGACAUGUUCAUGUAGAUGCACUAACAUCCCAUAGUUCUCGCUGUUCUGCAGUGAUACGCACUUUGUGUUUGAAUAAACUAUGUUGUGGUCAAACAUUAUUCUUAAUAAUUCUGUUAAAUAAUUAUUAUUAAAAUAUAACGCAGUUGGUUUUCAUUUUGAAAUUGCCACAAAAAAAAAUAAUAAUAAUAAUCACUGAUAAUUCAAUAUUUUCAGAUUUUCUUUGUUUGCUCUUUUUUGACUCAUUCUGCACUCAUUCAGUUAAACUGCUUUUAUUCGGUCACAUUUCUCUAAUGUUAUAAAUAUUUUUGUGAUAUUAAAGAUACUGUUAAAAAUAGCUUAUACCUGCUAAAACAGUCAGAUUUGAGUCAUACUGGUUUGCUAUUCAUUUUCUACCUGACAGAUAAUAAAACAUUUGAAAACAACCAA